AUGCAUGAAAGAAUCGCCAUCUGCGGGAGGAUGUGCGCGGGGAAGACGACCCUGGCGUCCAACCUCGAGUGGGACCAUGGCUUCAAGAGGCUGAGCUUCGCUGAGCCCAUCAAGCGCUACGCAGGGGAGAUCUUUGGCAUGACGGGCAAGGACCGUGCGCUGAUCCAGGAUUUUGGGCAGAAGAUGCGGGAGAUCGACAACCGAGUGUGGAUCAAGCUGAUGGAGCGGAAGCUUGACUCUCAUCCCGAUCAGAGGGUGGUGAUCGACGAUGUGAGGUUCUGGGAUGAAUUCCUGAUGCUCCGGGACCGGAAGUUCUUACUGGUAAGGUUGGACGUCGGGAAGGAGGAGCAGCUCAGUAGAAUUAGGAAGGUCUACGGGGACAAGGCAGAGAGUCACAUUCAGCGGCUCCAGCACGAGUCGGAGGGCUACGUCGAUGAAUUCCCCGUUGACCUAACUUUUUCGAGCUGUAGCGAUGCUCUACACUACCUUUGCACUCCCUGA